AUGGAUUUAGAUUACAAUGAUGAAAUAUUUAAUAGCGCUUUACUUGCUCUUGAAGAUAAAAUUAAAGCAUUGGGCGGUACAGAUUUAAAAGUCUUUGGACUUCCAGAGGUACACCGUGAUAUCAAUAACAGUUUAAAUUAUGAAAUAAUAAGAGAGACAUGUUACAACAUUCACCAACUAACAUCAUAUAUUGAAACAAAUGAACCUAAUCUGACUGACGAUCAAAGACUUGCUUUUGAAAAAAUUACAUCUGCAGUUUUUACAGAAACUGGUGGUAUAUACUUUUUGGAUACUCCAGGUGGAACAGGUAAAACGUACCUAAUUAAUCUUUUAUUAGCAAAAAUUAGACAAAUGGAUCUAAUUGCUCUUGCAGUAGCUUCCUCUGGCAUUGCUGCGACUCUCUUGAUGGGCGGAAGAACAGCUCAUUCAGUCUUCAAAUUACCAAUAAAUUUAUCGUUUGUUGAAAAUCCAGUUUGCAACAUCUCAAGAAGUUCAGAUAGAGCAAAAUUGCUUAAGAAAUGUAAAUUAAUUGUAUGGGAUGAAUGUACAAGGGCACAUAAGUUGGCAUUGGAAGCUCUUAAUACAACUAUGCAAGAUAUUUUUCAAAAUAACAAGUGCAUGGGUGGCGUAACUCUGGUUUUAUCUGGUGAUUUUCGCCAAACUUUUCCUGUUAUUCCACGAGGCACAAAAGCAGAUGAAAUGAAUGCAUCGAUAAAAGCAUCUUAUAUUUGGAAAAAUGUUCAAAGAUUUGGAUUGAAAACGAACAUGAGAGUUCUUCUUACAGGUGACAUUUCCACCGAGCAAUUCGCUCAGAACCUACUUCAUCUUGGUAAUGGAACUAUGACAAUUGAUAGUGAAGGAUUGAUAACUUUGACAAAUAUUGGUAACAUAGUAGCAACAAUCGAAGAUCUUCAAGAUAGAGUAUUUCCAAAUAUCGAAAGUAAUUUUCGUGAUAUUAAUUGGCUAUGUGAAAGAGCUAUUCUUUCUCUAACGAAUGAGGGAGUUAAGACGAUAAAUUACUAUCUGUUAAGGAAAUUACCAGGUGAAAUUCAAAUAUUCAAAUCUUUUGGCACCGUAAUUGAAACAAAUCAGGCAGUUAAUUAUCCAACAGAAUUUUUGAAUUCAUUGGAACCAUCUGGUAUACCAACACACAAAUUAGAGUUAAAGAUUGGUGCACCUAUAAUGCUUUUGAGAAAUCUAGACCCACCAACUCUUUGUAAUGGAACAAGACUGAUCGUGAAGAAAUUGAUGCCAAAUGUUAUUGAAGCAACUAUGUCUACAGGCCAAUCAGCCGGGAAAGAUGUCUUUAUCCCACGGAUUCCUCAUAUACCAUCAGAUGUCUCAUUCCAGUUUAAAAGAAUUCAAUUUCCAGUUAAACUGAGUUUUGGUAUGAGCAUUAACAAAUCUCAAGGCCAAUCUUUAAAAGUUGUUGGCUUAGAUUUACAAAGACCUUGCUUUUAA